AUGGCGGCUAUCGUUCGGAGUGUGUCGUCUAUAUGCAGUUUGAGGAAUCUCUUCUCAAGGCUUAGUGUGCAUUCAGCCAAACAUGUUCCUGCUCAAUCCUUGUCUCCUUGGUUCUUGUCUUCACAACGCAAUUACCAUUUAACCUCUGUCAACAGCAAGAAUAAGUGGGAAGGCUAUAAUAAAAUCAUAUAUCCACCCACAAAGCCUGGAGAGCCAGAGAGGCCAGCUGAAAUUACACAUGUACGGAAAAAUAUCAAAUACAGUCCUUUAAAGUUAUGGUAUAUUGCUUGCAUGAUCCGAGGGAUGACCAUUGAUGAAGCCCUAAAACAGUUGUCAUUCUACAAGAGAAAAGGAGCUGUGGCAGUUAAAGAAGUGCUGUUGGAAGCCCAAGAAAUGGCUGUAAAUGAACAUGGAGUGGAAUUUAAAUCAAAUCUUUGGAUAUCCGAAGCAAAUUCUGUGAAAGGUGUUGUCGUAAAGGGACUCCGUAAACAUCGAGGACCGCGAUAUGGCAUUGUCCAUUACAAGUAUUCUCAUUUUUAUGUCCGGCUGAGAGAAGGGUCUCCUCCCAAACAUUAUUAUCCCCCACAAAUGACUGGAAACGAGAAGUUACACGAAUACUUAGAAAAUCAAAGAAGCCGACGGAUUGUUUUCUCUCUUUGA